AUGACAAGCCGCGAUUUGAGACUGAAGGCGACAAAUGAGUUGCUUAACAAUAUGCGUGUGAUUAAGUUUCAAGCGUGGGAAGAGUAUUUCGGUAACAAAAUUCAACAGUUUCGUGAAGCCGAGCAUGGAUGGAUUGGGAAAUUCUUGUACAAUUUUGCUGUUAACUUGGGCGUAUUGAAUGCUGCACCAUUAAUUGUAACUGUUCUUACCUUUGGAACUGCAACUUUUAUUGGAAUUCCUUUGAAUCCUGGCACUGUUUUCAUAAUAACUUCGAUUAUCAAGAUACUUCAAGAACCUUUGAGGACUUUUCCUCAGGCUCUUGUGGCGGUUUCUCAAGCAACAAUAUCUUUAGGGAGGUUGGAUGAGUUCAUGAUGAGCAAGGAAAUGGAUGAGAAUGCAGUGCAAAAAGAGGAGAGUUGUGACGAUGAUGUAGCAGUGGAGAUAAAAGAUGGGAAAUUCUCAUGGGAUGAUAACGAUGAGAAUGAUGCUUUGAGAGUUGAUGAGUUGGAAAUUAAGAAAGGGAAUCAUGCUGCUGUUGUAGGAACUGUUGGUUCAGGCAAGUCUUCAUUAUUGGCUUCUUUGUUGGGAGAAAUGUUCAAGAUCUCAGGAAAGGUAAGAGUUUGUGGGACGACAGCGUAUGUAGCACAAACAUCAUGGAUUCAGAACGCAACCAUCAAAGAAAACAUACUGUUUGGUUUACCAAUGAACAUGGACAAGUAUAGGGAAGCUUUAAGAGUAUGCUGUCUUGAGAAGGAUCUUGAAAUGAUGGAAUAUGGUGAUGAGACUGAGAUUGGAGAGCGCGGAAUAAACCUCAGUGGUGGUCAGAAACAACGCGUACAGCUUGCUAGAGCUGUAUAUCAGGACACUGACAUCUAUCUCCUUGAUGAUGUAUUCAGUGCUGUUGAUGCUCAAACAGGAUCUUUUAUUUUUAAGGAAUGUAUCAUGGGAACUCUCAAAGAUAAGACAGUUUUACUUGUAACCCACCAAGUUGAUUUCCUGCAUAAUGUUGACUAUAUAAUGGUGAUGCGUGAAGGGAGAGUAGUGCAAAGUGGAAAGUAUGAGGAACUUCUCAAAGCAGGCCUAGAUUUUGGUGCACUUGUAGCAGCUCAUGAAUCCUCGAUGGAGAUAGCAGAAACAGGAGACAAAACAGUUGAUGAUUCAGCUCAAUCUCCAAUACUUGCUCGCAUCGCAUCGAAAGAAAAAGAAAGCGGAGUUGAAAAGCAGUCUUCUCAAGAUCAAUCUAAUAAAACUGCAGCAAAGCUCAUUGAAGAUGAGGGAAGAGAAACUGGACAUGUGAGCAUUAAAGUAUACAAACAAUAUUUCACAGAAGCAUUUGGAUGGUGGGGAAUAGCACUUGUAGUAGCAAUGUCAGCGGGUUGGGUGUUGUCAUUUUUGGCUGGUGACUAUUGGCUAGCAAUUGCUACAUCAGAUGGUUCUGGCAUUCCUUCAUUUACUUUCAUUGCCGUCUAUGCUGCUAUAUAG